AUGGAGAGUAUUGGUGCUGUUUUUGAUAACUGCAUUCGCUGCGGCUGGUCAUGUUGUAAGAGGAGAACCACUGACUUCUCAGAUUUCUUAAGCAUUGUGGGUUGUACAAAGGGCUUCCAUAACAGUGAGAAGCCACCUGAGCCGGUCAAGCCUGAAGUUAAAACUACCUCUGAGCGAAAAGAGCUAGCUGACCUGAAACCUAAAUUUGAAGAACACAUCAUUCAGGCACCAAAGCCCGUGGAAUCCAUUCGGAGGCCCAGCCCAGAUGAGCCGAUGACUUACUUGCCGUUGAAAGUGUCAGCUUCCUUGAAGCAAGCACUGGACAAGCUGAAACUGUCGUCGGAGAACGAAAUUAAAAAAGAAGAGGAUAGUGAUGAGAUAAAGGUUGGGACUUCGUGUAAAAAUGGGGGCUGUACAAAGGCAUUUGAAGGACCAGACAGCAUGGAAGAAGAGUGCACGUACCACUCAGGUGUGCCUAUAUUCCACGAAGGGAUGAAGUAUUGGAGUUGCUGCAAGAGGAAAACAUCAGACUUCAAUACCUUCUUGGCUCAAGAGGGCUGUACAACAGGAACACAUUUAUGGGUUAAGAAGGAUGCUGGGAAAAAGAUGGUUUCCUGCAGGCACGACUGGCAUCAGACUGGAGGUGAAGUGACCAUAUCCAUAUAUGCUAAGAACUCAGUCCCUGAACUCAGUCGCGUAGAAGCAAAUAGCACAUUGUUAAAUAUCCAUAUUGUGUUCGAAGGCAAUAAGGAGUUCAAUCAGAAUCUGAAUUUAUGGGGCGUGAUUGAUGUGAAAAGGAGCUACGUAACUAUGACCGCUACCAAGAUUGAGCUCAUUAUGAGGAAAGCUGAGCCCAUGCUGUGGGCAGGCUUGGAACUCCCAGUGUCCAAAUGUCAACAGAAACAAUAGCAAGGCAUUGCGGAACAAGCUUGAAGUCUGAAAGAGGCCAGCUGAUUCCCAUAACGAAGUGGUGACUUGCUGUUGAAG